GUUUUGCUCAUACAGUUCCUUUUUAUGUGUUUCUCAUUACAAGGUAAAAUCUGUUAGACUAGUUGCUACCUAUAAAGACUUUACAUGCAGGUGUUCGUUGUGAACAGCCCUCCUUGGAGCCUGGACCUUCUCUGUAUGUUUGUCCAGAGGAAACUUCAGUAAAAUUCAGUUGUUAUGGCAGAGAGAUCAAUUCAAUGGCAUGGAUAGCAGAGCCCUACGUUCCAGCUAACAACCCUAUUAGAUAUGCUUCUGGACACAUAGCAACAGGCUCCCACCCUGUUUACAGUAGGGGUUUCUUCGUUGCUAAUCUUACAAAUCUCCAUAGAAGUGGAGCUAGCAUACACAUAGCAGAUCUGACUUCUGAACUUACUGUCAUGACUAGUGGGGUAAACAAUGGAACGAGUAUCACAUGUAAGACAUACAGAGGUCUUCAGUCAUCCCAGAGGUCUACAUUCUUUUAUCAUGCAGGUUUACCUGUUAGCAAAAGUAACUCAAUUACAUACCAAGAGAAGGAGACUUAUUACACAGCAGUACUAAAGCUCGGAGCUAUGUUUGAUGGAGGAGGAGUUCCAAUUGAUCACUACAUUAUUCAAAUGGUCAACGGCACACAGUUUGAAACUCCAGGCCCCACUUACAGUUUUGACAUCAUGUACAAUACUACACUGUCAGUGAACAUCUCAGCCCACAACUGUGCAGGUUAUAGCCUGUUUCAUGUGCAUCAAAUAGAGCGUAAUGAAGAUGGGUAUUCAGAUGAAGUAAAACCAUUUUCAGAAAAGUUCCAACUACAUAGUUAUGGAAUUUCUGAAGAUGAAGACCUCACUGGAAACACACAAAAGCCCAUCAUUACUGUUUCACCUACACUGUUAGGAGCAAAUAUGCUAAACAGUAUGACCAAAGUUGAGUAUAAUGAAGAUUAUGUGCAUGUAUCUGUGGCAACAACACGCAGGAGUACACAAGUGCCAAAAAGUAAACUAACUCCCAGCAGGAUGUCCCUGGUUUUGGCUGUAGUCCCAGUGACGUGUGUUUCAGCACUUUUCAUCUUCACAAUUACAAUCCUGGCAGUUGUGCGCACUAGAAAGAAAGUGGGCACGACCUGCACUAACCGCACUGGUGUAACAAAGCAAGGUGAUGACCCUCCAACUCCAGUAGACAGUAAUAGUGUGCCCCAUAUAUGACACCCCUAGUUGGGACAUGGUCUAUGGUGGUAAGUCUGGGCAAAACCACACCAUGGACCAGGCUGCUUCAUGGAGAAAAACCCAGUGUACCUGAUGGCAAAAGACCAAGAAACACGCACAUCACAGCAUGUUUAUGAGGGCCUUUGAAGGAGUCAACUGACAUGUAACUCUAUACUAACCGCAUAGCUACCUAUUAUUUGUAGCCAUUAUUUUAGAAUUGUGUGUAGUGUAGCUAUUAUCUCAUAAAGCAGAUUAUCAGUUAUUCUGUUA